AUGGUCUUAAAAUGGUUGAGCCAAUGGAAGAAGGGGAACCAUAUUCCUACCAUCAGGAUGAAGAAAGUAUUAAAGAAAUUCCUAUUACCCACCACGUAAAAGAAGGUUGUGAAAAGGCAGAUCCUGCUCAAUUUGAGUUGCUCAAGGUUCUUGGCCAGGGAUCAUUUGGAAAGGUUUUUCUUGUAAGGAAGAUCAUUGGUCCGGAUGCUGGGCAGCUUUAUGCAAUGAAAGUAUUGAAAAAAGCAUCUUUAAAAGUUCGAGAUAGAGUUCGUACAAAGAUGGAGAGGGAUAUAUUAGUAGAAGUAAAUCAUCCAUUUAUUGUCAAAUUGCACUACGCCUUUCAGACUGAAGGCAAGCUGUAUUUAAUAUUGGAUUUUCUCAGGGGAGGAGAUGUAUUUACAAGAUUAUCCAAAGAGGUUAUGUUUACAGAGGAAGAUGUGAAAUUCUACCUCGCAGAACUUGCCCUUGCUUUGGAUCAUCUGCACAGUCUGGGGAUCGUGUACCGGGACCUGAAGCCAGAAAACAUUUUGCUUGAUGAAGCAGGACAUAUCAAGUUAACAGAUUUUGGACUCAGCAAAGAAUCUGUAGACCAAGAAAAGAAGGCCUACUCAUUUUGUGGUACAGUAGAAUACAUGGCUCCUGAAGUAGUGAACAGGCGAGGCCAUACACAGAGCGCUGAUUGGUGGUCAUUUGGCGUGUUAAUGUUUGAAAUGCUCACUGGUACUCUGCCUUUUCAAGGUAAAGACAGAAAUGAGACCAUGAAUAUGAUAUUGAAAGCAAAACUUGGAAUGCCUCAGUUUCUUAGCCCUGAAGCACAAAGUCUUCUAAGGAUGUUGUUCAAAAGAAAUCCUUCAAAUAGAUUAGGAGCUGGUUCAGAUGGAGUUGAAGAAAUCAAAAGACAUCUUUUCUUUUCAACUGUUGACUGGAAUAAAUUAUAUAGAAGAGAAAUUCAACCCCCAUUCAAACCUGCAUCUGGAAAACCAGAAGAUACUUUUUGUUUUGAUCCUGAAUUUACUGCAAAAACACCCAAAGAUUCUCCUGGAGUUCCACCCAGUGCUAAUGCACAUCAGCUCUUCAAAGGAUUUAGCUUUGUUGCAACUACUGCCAUAGAAGAUCAGAAAAUUUCUCCUCUCACAAAUAUAUUGCCAAUAGUACAGCAAUUACAUGGAAACAGUGCACAGUUUAAUGAUGUGUAUGAACCAAAGGAGGAUAUUGGUGUCGGCUCCUAUUCUGUUUGCAAGCGAUGCAUACACACAACUACCAACAUGGAAUUUGCAGUGAAGAUCAUUGACAAAAGUAAGAGAGACCCCUCGGAAGAAAUUGAAAUUUUGAUGCGUUAUGGACAGCACCCCAACAUUAUCACUUUAAAGGAUGUCUAUGAUGAUGGUAGAUAUGUUUACCUUGUUACUGAAUUGAUGAAGGGAGGAGAACUACUUGAUCGUAUUCUCAGACAAAAAUAUUUUUCAGAACGGGAGGCUAGUGAUGUGCUAUAUAUAAUAACUAAAACAGUUGACUACCUUCACUGUCAAGGAGUGGUUCAUCGAGACCUUAAGCCUAGUAAUAUUUUAUAUAUGGACGAUUCAACUAACGCUGAUUCUAUUAGGAUCUGUGAUUUUGGGUUUGCUAAACAACUUCGAGGAGAAAAUGGACUUCUCUUAACUCCAUGCUAUACUGCCAACUUUGUAGCACCUGAGGUUCUCAUGAGGCAAGGUUAUGAUGCUGCCUGUGAUAUUUGGAGUUUGGGUGUCCUGUUUUACACAAUGCUGGCUGGCUAUACUCCUUUUGCUAAUGGUCCCAAUGAUACUCCUGAAGAAAUCCUGUUACGGAUAGGUAGUGGAAAAUUCUCCCUAAGUGGUGGCAACUGGGACACUGUUUCAGAUGCAGCAAAGGAUUUGCUAUCCCAUAUGCUUCACGUAGACCCACAUCAACGGUAUACUGCUGAACAAGUAUUAAAACACUCAUGGAUAGCCUGUAGGGACCAGCUACCCCAUUAUCAGCUCAACAGGCAAGAUGCACCACAUCUAGUAAAGGGAGCAAUGGCUGCUACAUACUCUGCACUGAAUCACAAGACCUUUCAGCCAGUCUUAGAGCCUGUUGCUGCUUCGAGUUUAGCUCAACGGAGGAGCAUGAAAAAGCUAACAUCCACAGACUUGUAAGAUUGCCAAACUGGAGGAAGGGAAAAUUGGAGGAAUGGCUCCCUCUUCUCUCUACCUAAUCGGUGAUCAAAAGCAUAUAUAUAUAGUUUUCUGCUACACUACUUGAAAAUUCUGUAUAAGUCCUUUUUUUAGAAAAAAAAUUUUUAAAAACCACCACAGGUCCACAAAAUUCAUACAAUGUUGUUUUGCAGCAGUGUCUGUGUGUUUAAGUUAAACACUAGGGUAUGUUGAGACCCUAAAGAAUUCCUGCAAACUGACUUCUUAGAAGUUUGUUCCAGCUGUGGAUGUGUUACUAGCGGUUUCUCUGGUUUCAUAAAGAAUGGUUUGGGGGCGAUCAUUUCCAUUGACCAGGUUGCACAUAAAGACAUAUGCCAAGCAGUAUCAGUAUUUUUUUUAACAUCAAGCUCUGCUAGAAAACCUUUUUUUGGUUUGUGUCAUUUUAAACAAAUAUAGAAACUUGUCAUUUUCCAUAAUCAGUGGAAAUCAGUAACUCACUGUAGCUGCCAAAGUGUAGACUUGGCAAUUUGGUGCCAGCACAAACUGCGUUAGGGCUAGCGUGAGAACUCCCAGUGUACCUGAUGCAAAGGCCUUGAGACAAGGAUUGGCUAAGACGAGACAUGCAGUUUAGAUCUGCAUGUUAUCCAGCCAAGUCAUUGAGUGACUUUAUCUAGAUAUAAGGAUGUCCAUCAGACUUCUGUAAAAUUUAAAUCUAAUAAAUAGGGAGCUUUCUAGGAAAACCAGAGACUCCCCCUACCCCGAGUCUGUCAUCAAUGGUGUAAUAUAUUAAAUAAGAUUCAACCUUUGAGAAUACGAAUCUCAUGUUGGCACUGACUUGGUUACAUGUCAUUCUUUUGGCUUAACCAAUCAGAUUCAAUCAUUACCUGCCCCCUUUAUACAUGAAUUACACUGCUGUUUUUCUGACUGCCCUGUGCAGUAUGCCAUGGUAAUCUCCCCUGAAAUGUAUGGUAAUCUAACUGACAUUUUAGUGUAGUACUUGUGCACUUAGCACAUGUGAUAUAGUGUGCAUUUCAGUAAACUUUAGAAAAUAUUAUGUAAUAGUUUAAAUUCAUUAGGGUGAAUAGCAUUUUAAAUAAGAAAUAACAUUAAUGGUCAACAUCUAAAUUUGAGCACAUUUUCAAAUCAGAUUUCAUCAAAAAGCCAAACUGGUCUGAGAUCAUUGAAUUUAUGAUUCAGAACCACUUCUAUAGUAGGUAUUGUUUUCGCUAAGCGAUGGAAAAAUAACUAAAUGAAACAUUUAAGGUGAUGCCGUUAUUACUAUUACUACUGGCAGAAGGAACUCAUGAAUGUAAACUGGAGGAUAUUCAGAUUUUGCUUUGUGAAUAUCUGUGAACUACUUGUGUGUGCUAGGAGUACUGUUUGCUGUGUGUGUUAAUUUUAUUCAGUUGAAAGCAGGAAAUUUAUUUCUGCACGCAGAAAUAUGCCAUUUAGGUUGGGAGAUAUGGAGGUUUGGUAUUUAAUAAAAGAAAACAUAUUCUUUUCAUUAUAUAAAUGAUAUAUACCCAGUGCACCAAGCUCUGUUUCUUGGGUGUGAUGUGUGAAAGUUUGUAUCUCUUAUUUUAAACUGUCUAUUUGAAAUACUUGAAAGACAUUAAAGAGCAUCUAAUGCCACAUGGAAUACAUCAUUUAGAAAUAGUUAUACUGGUGUCUUAUCUGGUGGCUUUUCCUGUCCCACUUUGGCUUUUUCUUCUCUCAUUUUGUUUUGUUACUAGAAGUGCUCACAUGUGACGACAGUCUGUUCAUAUCUUCCAACUUAUUACCCACCUUGUCAUCAUCUUAUUUGUCCUAUUAGGUCAUUGUCCUAUCAAAGUUGAUAACAAAAGUUCAAAAGUAUAGUUUUGGUGUUGGAUUUUUAGAACUUAUAAAGAUCUGUUUUCAUAUGUAUUUCUCUAAUAAUAAAAUUUGGGGAAGUAAAAUUGGGAAGGGAAAUGGAAAUAAUCCUAAAACUUACCAAUUUUCCAUAGGCGAUCUUUUGUUUAAAAAGGAAAAGGAAAAAAAGUGAUAUAAUGAAAUUUUAUUUCAUAUCUAGAAGGACCAUGUCAUACAAUCCUACUGUUUUUUAAGGUACACAAUCAGUAUUAGACAAAGGGAUUCCCCAUCUGAUAGGAUUCUUCCAGUGGACACUUUGUAAAGGGCACAAAGAUAACCUGAUGGAUGUGCCAUUUUCUGCUGGUUAGAUUACCAGAAGUUUCCUUGUAAAUUCAGACAUGCUAGCCUAGCAGUAUGAAGUCUGAACUAAGAUUUCACUUAAAACAGAACUCAUUUUGUAGAAGGAAAGCCAGGUAGGAAUAUCAUCUAUUCACUUCCACAAAUAUGAACUGAAAGAAGACAUUUGAGUGGCAAGGGUUAGACAGUACAUGGUUUUUUGGUUGAACUAAUCUUCACUUUCUACAAAAUUCACUGUGUUCCCCUUGUGAUCUCUUUUGUGAUAUCUUUGAUGUAUUCACUUUUUGUGGGAUUUUCCUUCAAGUUAACAAAAAUAAGAGUUCUUGGCAGUAUUUAAUGACAGCUUAGUUUUGCAUUACUGGAGUGGGGGAGGGGAUAUAUAGAGUAAACAUUUAAUUUAUCUUUCUCAAACUGAGAAGACCAGUUUUGCUCAAAACAGCUAUCUUUAAGUCCUAAAGCACAUCUUACCAUGAGAAAACUCAGGAAAACAUUUGCAAGUUAAGUUGUAUGUAAGUCUAGUGCUGAUGGUAGUCCUUUUGUGAGGGGGAGAAAUGGCAACUUCUGUCCUUUCGUGAAUAUUAAGCUUCAGCCUAUUUUGUUAGACCCAGGAAUGCUUAUACAUUGAAUUCCUAUACUUUAUUUUGGUUGGUAUCAAAACUGUGAAACAUUUUCCACAGUAAAAAUGUAGAUUUGAUAGCAGCUUUCUUCCAGUGAGCUCAUAGAGCUUUCACAUGUACAAGUAUUCCCAGCCUAAAAACAGGUUGUGUCCCAAAAGUUCAUUUGUAAGGUGGUUGAAGAUUCAGAUGCAUUUUCCAUCAAUACAGUGUUCCCUAGAUGGUGGUUGGAUACCCAGGCUAGCUCUCAAAAGUCUCUUUAACCUAGAAUGUAGGUGGACUACAGUACUAGUCUUGAAUUCUACGUUCUGGGAGUAGAGGCCAUGUGACAGAGUGAGAAGGCAAAAGAAAAGAGUCCUCCUCCUCCUCCCCUUCCUUGCCCCUCCCCUCGGUCUUUUUUUCUGGGCACAGGCCAAGUAAGCCCUGGGCAAAGAGUUUUGAAGUUGACCAAGAUUAUCUUUGUCAUCCACUUCCCUGUCUGUACUUAUCAACCACCUCUGCGUGCUGCUCUGCUGGUGUUCUCAUGUGGCCAAAAGUUGUCCCUAGGGAUACCCCUACCUCGGCUUACCUUACUCCCAAAAUGGGUUCCAUGAUGCAAAAUUUUCUACCUCCCAUUCCCUCAGUCAAAAUUACCAUUCUCUCAGCGCAGCAAAUAUUGGCAUUCUUAUUGAACAAAUUCACAUUAAUGUAUGAGUGACUGACAGUCACAAAGGAAUUUGGAUUUUUAAAUGAUAAAGGCCUAUUAUUAGAUCACUUAAGUCUCAAGUGAAAAUGAGAACAAGGGGUUGCCCCACAGGGAAGACUCAGCCCUACCUGGGAGUGUGUCCCCUAGAGUCAGCUGCCCUAAGGUGCUUUUGUUUUGCUCAGCUUCAUCCCUUCUUCCACUUUGGAACCUAUGGAUUAUUUGAAAGCUUUUCUGUCAUUGGAGAAAUGUACGUUGAAGAUUGCUUGUGUUCUAAUUCCUUACAAUGCUUCCUGCAAGAUUGUCCUGAUUUUACAAACAGGCCUGAGAAGUUAUGACACAGUGGAUUGGCACUGGAGGCUUAAGUUUCCAGAAGUGUUUUUAAAACUUUUGUGUUUUAAGUGUGGGCUCUCAUCUUAUUAUUUUCUGGAGUGUAAUGCUGUCCACUAACCUAGUCUUUGGGACAUAGAGGUCCUGUUAUGAUAGUACUUUUUCCAGUGAGGUUGCAAGCAAUGCUAAACCUAGGUGGACCAACUACCAUUUAAAAAUACAUCCUAAAUUUCAGUUGAUUCAUGCAUUUGCGGAAUAACUAUAAAUAUAUAUAUAUAUUUAUGUUUAUAUAUAUAUAUUAUAUAUAUAAUUAAAUGUCACAUUUAAUUAUAUAUUAUACAUAUACAUAUGUGUGUAUGUGUCGUGGUACUUGCCAUACCAUACAGGAGAAUGUCAGCAACCCACAUCAUCCUUUUGAAGGUGCACUGCUUCUGGUUUUAGUGUUACUGUAUUUUAUCACGGUGCAUUGUGUAAUUAAAAACUAAAGUGACGAUGCUCAGCAACAUCCUGUGACUUUGAUCACCAGAAUCCCAUUGGGUUAUGAAUUCCCAUGGAUGUUAAAGAAGUAGUGCUUCCCAAAUGGAGACAUGGACACUUCUAUGGGAUUCCCUAGAGUUGGAACAAAAUACAAUUAAAGACAAAAACAAAACCCUCUAAAAGUUAAGUUUGCUUACGUCAUAUAUGCAAGAUGUCACCUCCUAGUUUACUGGAGAGCAAGCAGUUUUUUAGCCAAACACUUAUAAAUAUUUAUGUAAUGCCCUAUUUGGAAUUAUGCACUAAGCUCACCAAUCCCAAGAGACAGACACAUAUGCAAACAAAGACACACACAAGGCUUAUUUUGGUGACUAGAGUUCUUUCCUUCUAGUUGUCUAAUUACAUGAACUAAUUCACUAUUCAAAGACAUUUAUUAAGUAGCUAAUUGUGUGAUGCCAUGCUAAUAGGCAUUGUACUACCUGCUAAUGUGUAUUAACAUCUUAAAAUCAAGUAUUUGUCAUAUACUAUGGCCUUUUAGAUGUAAUUGCCUCUCUUUACCCUCUAUGUUAGUAUUAUUUAGAUUGUGUUCUGAAUAUUUGAAUCUCUUUUCUCAAGUCACCCUUCCAAAGUUACUGUGUGCUUUAAAAAAAAAAAGUUGAACAAAAGUGUAAGUUUCAUGCGUUGUGUGACAUCUAAUUGUUUUUAAACCUCAGGAAUUCACCUAAGUUCGGCAAGUCUUUAUUAAGCACUUAAAAUUGAUGAAAACACUUCUCCACAGAAACAAGUUUUAAGGGUGUCACAUGCAUUAUCUUUACCCUUCAAUUAAAUGUUUUCAUGCUGACCUUUCCAAAACGACAAUGACUUUUCAGCUAAAUCCCCUAGAGCAGGGCUGUCCAACCUUAGGUUUUUAUCGAAACAAUAGACAAUAUAUUUUGAUUUGCCAUUUUACAG